GAUGCGCAGCGUAGUAGUAAAGCAGUAGAGCCGCUCACAGGCUCGGCGGUAUAUGAUGAAAUAUAGUAGCGGGAGUUGUAAGAUCAACAACACCCUCCUCGACCAAUCUCCAUUAUCUCUAUAGUGAACUUCGGCCCUUCUAAUGCUUUCACCGCAAUGUAGCCGGGAUGGGGGCUUCAGGGAAGAGUAUAUAGGGUCAACCUAUCCGGCGACAAAUCGACGAGAUGAGGUUUAUAGACCAACGACGAGAUCCACAUCGCCAAGGUUCACGAUCACAGUCCAGCCUACUACUCUUCAAUCGUUUAUACACUAUCAUCCGCUCGUUACUACAAAAUGAGGGCAAUCUCCGCGUUAACAGGCGCCGGCCUCCUCACUCUUGUGCAAGGCCACGGAUACAUGACUAUCCCUUCCAGCCGCACCCGCCUCGGGAACGAGGCCGGCACAGACACCUGCCCCGAGUGCACCAUUCUCGAGCCGGUGACGGCGUGGCCUGACUUGGACGAGGCGCAGGUCGGCCGGAGCGGGCCGUGCGGGUACAACGCGCGCGUGAGCGUGGACUACAACCAGCCGGGGGCGUCGUGGGGCAACAGCACGGUGGCGACGUAUGCCCCCGGCGACAUCGUCGAGGUGCAGUGGUGCGUGGACCACAACGGCGACCACGGCGGCAUGUUCACGUACCGCAUCUGCCAGAACCAGACGCUGGUCGACAAGUUCCUGGACCCUAGCUACCUGCCGACCGACGACGAGAAGCAGGCGGCGGAGGACUGCUUCGAGGCGGGGCUGCUGCCCUGCACCGACGUCGACGGCCAGGACUGCGGCUAUAAUGCGGAUUGCACGGCGGACCAGGCCUGCUACCGCAACGACUGGUUCACGUGCGAGGGAUUUAACUCGGGGACCAAGUGCCAGGGCGUCGAUAACGCCGCGCUCAACUCCUGCCACACCACCAUCUCCGGCGGCUACACCGUCACGAAGAAGAUCAAGAUCCCGGACUACGCGAGCGAGCACACGCUCCUCUCCUUCAAGUGGAACUCGUACCAGACGCCGCAGGUCUACCUGUCGUGCGCCGACAUCGCCAUCUCCGGCGGCAGCAGCUCGCCCAGCCCAUCGUCGUCAUCGACAAAGACCAGUACGCCCUCCUCCUCCUCCACCAGCACCGCCGCCGCAUGCGCCGCGUCAACUAGUAGCGGAAGCAGCAGCAGCAGCAGUAGUAGUACUAGCACAGUAGCGCUGACCUUCAACCAGGCCGUCGCCACGACGUACGGCGAGACGAUUAAGAUCGUGGGAUCGAUCCCCGCGCUCGGCAGCUGGGACGUGAGCAGCGCACCCGCGCUGUCCGCGGCGCGGUACACGGCGGCGAACCCGCUGUGGAGCGUCACGUUAAGCCUGCCCGCCGGCACCGCGUUCGAGUACAAGUUCGUGAAGGUGGCGAGCGGCGGCGCCGUCGCGUGGGAGAGCGAUCCGAAUCGCUCGUACACCGUCCCGGCUUCGUGCGAGCUGGCUGCGCUGGAUGUGGCGGGGACGUGGCGGUAGAUGGGGGGGGUGUAUGAUAUUACAUAGUUCGUUUCGUCUUGGACAUUUCUUAUGGAGAUUCUUUCUUUAGUACAUAUUCCUAUAUGAGGACUUCGGGAUAUCUCAUAAUUACAUAUAUGAUGGAUUGAUGAAUAUAUGAAAUUACAUGCACCAAGCUGAUGCUGGUCGAUGGUCUUUCGCG